GCACAGGAAACGAGUGGGGGCAUCCAGGUCAGAUUUGGUGCUACAUAAGCCAACUAAACUGCAGACGGAUCGCCCAGUACUCUCCUACCUUCAGCGAGAUGAAGACGGCGGGGCUGGUGUUCAUCGGGAUGGUAAUCGGCUUAGCCGCCUCCUUCCCCCAGAACAAAGAAGGCGCCUUCUUCACCAACGAGGCCAUCCGCCAGGCGCAGAACACCCACCUGAUCCCACAAGGGGCCACCAUACAGAAAGUCCAAGAAGGGAUAGAACUGGCGGCAUACGAAAGCAUACCCGGCAACCAGAGGAUCAACCUUUUCGAAAUCCUCGGAGAGCACGUUCCACCUGAGGUCGUCAACAACCUCCAGACCCAGGUCGACCAAGUCGGAAAGUCUAGUUAAAAAAAUACUCCACAUUUAACUUCAUUUCAUUCAUCAAUCAUCUUUCUUCAUCUUCAUCUCAUUUUCACUUCAUUUCAUUUAAAUAAUUUGCACGGGCAACCUCUGAACCAUUUUUUUCCUUUUGGUAAAAAUCACCUUUUUGAUUAUAUAAAUAAUUAACGUUGCCUUUGUAAAUUUAUCAUUUCUUUUCAUCUUUCAUCGUUCAUCUUUCAUCCUAUCAUUUUCAUUUAUUCACAAAUCAUAUCACGCCCCAUCGAUCAUUUCUUUCAUUUCAUCUCAUUUGUACAUUAACUGUGGCACCUUCUCAAGUUCUUCGAUGUCUGUAGACUUUAUACUUUUGUAAUAAAAUUUUUUUACAAAAA